AUGAUGGAACGACUUUUAGAGAGAAAGCAACAAUUGGAGGCCGAAUUAAAAUGUAUUCAAGAUUCCAUCAAUCGGGCUGAAGAAGCCUAUUUUCAAGAAACCAUUCAUCACGGAAAUAUCAUCAAAGGCUUUGAAGGAUAUUUGAAAAUGGAGAAAUUAGGCUCAUCGAGUGGUAGUAGUAGUGGUAGCGGAACGAGUGGUAGUAGUAGCUCUUCCUCUCAAAAGUUCAAAUCUUCUUCAUCCUCAUCAGUAUCCCAGUUUUUAAAGAACAAUAAGAAUAGAGUCUUUUCGGAGAGUAGUUUUGCAUUUCCGAGACCCUAUCCAUUAGCAAGUGGCAGUGCCAAUUCAUACCAUGCUACGAAGAGUGCACAAAUUGGUCGAGUGGAAUUUGUAGAUGAUGAUUCACUCGUGUUGGAUCCUAUUCAUGUGAGAAGUGAUCAUACAACCAAGAUUAUUCAUAGGAGUGAAUUUGAAGAUGGAAUUAGUUCUACGAAUUCCUUAUCACAAAAAAUUCCUACAAGCAAUUUCAAUGAAGGAGACCAACCUAAGCAUUACAGAAAACAAUGA